AUGGCAUCUGACAUCUACCCAAAAGAGAAAGGUGCAUAUUCCACAACCUCACAUCAAGCCCUUUACAUACUAUCUGGGAUCCCCCCUUUGGAACUACUAAUAAGGCAACAUAUGUGGUCCUUAAACAUUCUAAUCAAACAAAAACCAAUUCAUCUUGACGGAAUCGAAUUCCAAAGUACGCUCUUUGAAACUGACGCUCCAAAAUGGUUCAAAUGCUCCUACGAACAACUCGUAGACACUAGCUUCAUCCAUACUGAAGAGAUCCAUCCGAACCAACUUUUACCCCGCAGAAUCUACACAGAUGGUUCAAAAACCAUGACUGGUGUGGGCUCCGCGUUUGUUUCCUUUUCGGGUAACACAAUUACAAGUUCCUCUUCGGUGAGACUUCGGGAGGGAAACUCUGUCUUCCAAGCAGAACUCUUGGCCAUCAAAAAUGCAAUUGCUUAUACGCAAAGCCUUCCUCAAUACCCGUUCCAAAUUUUCUCUGACAGCCUAUCAUCUAUAUUGGCCCUCAAAAAUUCUUUUAGCAAAAAUCAAUUAGUCCAAACAAUUCAAAAACAGGUACUCAGCUCUACUAAAAAUUUUAACAUCUUUUGGGUUAAAGGCCAUUCAAACAACAGAGGGAAUGACGAAGCUGAUCGUCUUGCCAAAUUAGCGGCAGACACUAACGGACUUCAGGAAGACGCGAGUGUCCCAUACCCCGCGUCACACCUCAAGAGGCUAUUAACGACUCAGCUUUGUAUGGAUUGGCAAUACCGAUGGGACAACGCGGAGACGAGCAGAGGAUUGCACGAUAUGCUACCAACAAUCAAGCUCUACCCGCGCGUCUCACACCGUUGCCACACCAUUUUCUCAACAGGUCACGGCCCAUUUCCUUCAUAUUUGAAUAGAUUUAACAUUAUCGACUCUCCUCUCUGCUCUUGCGGAGAAAUAGGGGACAGCCUCCAUUACAUCUUUGACUGCCCACUGACAGAAGCCCACCAUCUCCGCUGUCCUCCGGGCACAUCCCAUCAACAACGCCUGAAGCAGGCACUUAAACUGCGGCAUAGCACCGCGCGUCUUAACGCAAUCUUCCAUUCUUUAUCAACCGAGGGUUACCUGUACCAGAGCUCAAUCUAA